AUGUCUCCUGACGCGGAGUCAGUGUCUUCUUCUUCGUCUUCCAGCUCAGAUGAAUCCGGCGCUCCUCCACCUCCGCCUUCGUCUGUGGGUUCGUCGGGUGGCGCUUUGAGGGUGUCCUAUACUUCCAGAAAGUCUCGUCACUGCACCCUGUGCAAUGCCAAGUCCACUGACCAGUCACCUCUGGAUUAUUCGGAGGAUAUUUUUCCAGAAGUGCAGGGAAGAAUCCCGUGGAGAUCUUACGAGAAGGUCAAAAUGGAUGACGGAGAGCAAGUUCGUGUGCCCUCUGGAAAGCUUUGCUUGAUUUGCUUCAACGUCUACAGAGCCCUCGGUUUGCAGGCCACGUACAAGAAAGUUGAAGACUACUUCAACUGGGUCUCCGUGAGAAAAAAUCAGGCCGAGCACGUUUCGUUCCUAAAUGCAAGAAAGGAUUGGAUCAAGCAGCACAAUGAAGGAGGACCCGACUGCAAGAGAUUGCAGAGCAAGAAGUCCCUUCUUGAAGCCAAGAAGACCCUCAACGUUGUGCGCAACGUGGGCGGUCGGUUUAUCGCUCCCAAGAAGAAGUUUGUGGAGAAGGACAAUUGGAAUGAAAAAGAGCACGGAGUCUUGGACCCAAACAAGGUCGUGACCGAACAUAUUUUCGGCAAAGAAAUUCAGAGCUGCUGGAUCUUGAAAGGGAAGAAAGGUGAAUACGAUUUUGAAGAGUACCAAGACACCGCUCUGCAAGAAAAAGAGCAAUUGCACAAUUCAGCAGAUGCUCCCUUUUCUGAAGAAGCUUUGGGCCGCAAACGCAAAGCCAUGAUGGACGAGUUCGUGGAAAGCUCCACUACGAGAGACAAGGCCAGUGUGGAAGGCCAAGAAUUGUCCAUGCAAGGUUUGCUUGCAGCCAUCCAAAUGGGACAUGAUCCAUCUUCUGGUUCCACUGGUGAGGCGGUUUCCACCGUUUCCGCCUCCGGCGAGGUUCAAAGCCAUGAAGCAGAAGAGGAGUCCACCAGCGACUGCGCGUCAGAAGAGGAAGAGGCCCGCCCAAGCCUUUCGUUCGCCCCCCGACCGCCGAAGGCCAAAGCCCAUGGCAAGCCUGCGGCGAAGCCUCAGGCUAAAGGAAGCACGCAGCCGUCCAAAGCUCCAAGUUCUUCUGUCGUGCCUGUCCCUGCACCCAGUGCGCCAGCCGCCAAGAAGACCACCAAGACAGAGCCUGCUCCCAGCAAAGUUCCCAGCAAAGGGACAAAAGCUUUGCAACAAAGCGGCAGCGACCAAAGCUUAGAGAGCGCAGCGACGCUGCUUGCAGACGGUCGGGCCCAGAGGGCCUUGAAGAAUUUGCAGGAGAGUGUUGCCAAAUGGAAGUCCCAGCUGGCAGACAUUCGGGUCGACGAUGCGCCUCCUGCGCCUGAUGCCCAGGCUCAGACCAAAUUUAAGCAAGCGUGCAUAGACAGAGCCAAUGUUGCCAAGGCCUUGGCCCGGCAAGCCCGAGACUAUGGCAAGCGCAUGGACAAGAGUUCCAACAAGGACAAUUUCUUAGGGGAGCUCGAGGAACUGCAAAAGGUGGAGUUUGCUGCUGUGGCUGUCCAGGCCUUGUUUCAGAUAGCUGGUGCGCAGAAUUCAGCUCCAACUGCUGUUGUCAAAGCCUUUGAGGAUGCCAGCGAGCAUGUUGAUCUCUUAGGCUGCAACGCUCUCGGAGCAGGUUUCCAACUCAAGUACGCUUUUGCAAAGGCGGGCUCGCAUUGUUUGUACCAGGAGUACGAAAAGUAUUGCGCCGCCUUCUUGGGGUCUUCUGAGUUGAUGAAGGGCCUUGCCGAGAACAUUGGCCAAGAUAGUCUGCAGAACCACGUCAUGGCAGAAAUGGAAGGCCGCCUCACUUUGGCUUUGAGGACCAUUAAGCCAACCGACGUCCAAGCUGUUGUCAAUGGUCUUGAGGAGCCCUCCAAUCUUCAAGAGUGCGCUGAUCUGUGCAAAGCGGUCAUGGACGUCGGUCAGAAACAUGGCUCUGACUUUUUGACCGAAGCAGUUGCCACUGAACACCUCAAGACCUUGCAAGGAGAAGUGUCCAAAUUGCAAUCAGUGUGCUACGCAGGCUCAGUUGCCGGUGUCCAACUCAUUUCUGCCGAUUUGGAACCAGUAGACAAGCUUAUUGGUGAUUGCCAGAAAAGCAUCGCAUGUCUGAAGAGCGGCAAGGACACCAAAGGCAAGAACGCAAAACAUGAGAAGGCAGACGCAGCAGAGAGCAAACAACGACAUCGAGCGCAUGAUCGCCUGGUGGAAGCUUUGAAUGAAUACAAGGCCUCUUUCGCAGAGCGGGCGCGGGAACUUUUGCUGCAGGAGUUGAAAGCAAACCUUUCUGAGCAGUUGCGUCAUCUCUGCAAUGCUUUGGACAGUGACUGCAUGGUCACAGAAGAAGGCACUGGACAAAAAGCGCAGCUGAUCGAUUUGGAAGAGAUCUGGCCAUGCUUGAAGCACACAGCCGUCAUUGCCCAUUCGUUUUGGGCUACUUCGACGGCCUCUGGUCAAGUUAGCAAGGUGCUGCAGGAUUACGAAAGCUUGUCAGUUCAGUUGUGUUCCAUGGCCAAGUUUGUCUUUUUCCAAAGCCCGAAGUUCAAGGGAAAUGCAAAGCAGCAAGUGGAUGUUAGCGCUACGGAUCUGAAAAGCUGGGUGGAAAAGCUUCCAGAAAAGUUGCUUGAAUGGGUUGGCGCUGAUUUGACCACCUCUAUGAGAGUCACAUUCUUGUCUGUUUGUGAAGAACACCAGCGCUCAUUGUUUUCAGCAGGAUUAGAUGCCGUCGCUGACGUGGUUAAGAAAUGCGUUGGUGGACCGCUGCCUGCGUGUGAUAAUCUCCUGCAGCAGCAGCUGCUGAUGAAAAUUCCGAAAGCGCAUAGCCUCAAGCCUGUCGUCACAGCGUUUCUCAAGGUUGUGGGCCAUGAAGGAGGCACCGAUGACAAGCACAAGGAGGUGGUGGACCUGCAUUCAACAGGCAAUCUUCUUUGUGAUGCUUUCGGUUUGCAACCGAAUGAGGCGGAUUUUGAGAAGAGCUGCUUGAAGGAUGCGGUUCCUUGGCUGGAGGGUGUUGCUAAAAAGCUUGCAAGAUAUUUUCUUCAGAAGUUCGAAGACGCGACCGCCAAGUUGAACGCCGGUGUGAAGAAGGUGAUUGCAAUCAAGAUGCCGAGCUUGGACAUGGAGGACGAGUACCGGAAGCAGGGCGUGAGAGUUGUGGGUACCCUUGCUCAGCUCACGGCUGCGGUAGAGGACGACAUCAAGACUUUAAGGGAUGUGCGACAAGCCCUGUCCAACCUGAAAGGCAUCAAGUUCGCUCCGCAAGGGAAACCUCCAGCUGUGGAAGAGAUAUGCGCUUUCCAAGCAAGGUUUCAGGAUCCUUUUGCUCCGGCAACUUACGAGCUUGAUGCUGGCAAGCAUGCAAAAGAAGCAUCCUUCCAUGUGGCCGCAGUCGCAGACGUUGCUGUUACUUUGCGGGGCAAACUGGAGCUCGUGGCAGAAGAUUCUGCGGAUCUCAAGACAGCCGGCAAGCGAUUGCUCGAGGAGUGUGAGAAGUACGGAAAAGUCUCGCCAAGGGCAGCGAAAGCCAAGGCGGCGACAGAGACUAGCCACAGCUCGGCAUCCAAGAAGUCGCGAGUCGCUGAGGCACAGGAUGCCGGCAAGAACGUCAACAAGGAGGAAGCGUCCAAGAAUGCGACAGACACUCAGAGCACACCGCCGCCAGAGAAGGCAGCUGCAAUGGAUUCUAUCCCAGUUGCAGAAGAAGGCGCUGAGAACCCGGAGAAGAAGCCGGAGGAGACAAAAGAAAGCAACAUAGAAAAGGACAAAAAGGAGAAGGAAGAGAAAAAGGAGAAAAAGGAGAAACAGGAAAAAAAGGAGAAGAAGGACAAGAAGGACAAAAAGGAAAAGAAAGAAAAGAAGGAAAAGAAAGAAAAGAAAGAAAAGAAAGCAAAACGCGACAAGAAAGACAAAAAGGAAGGAGACAAGAGUGGCAAAAGGAAAGGGAACAAGGAAGAGAGCCUCCAAGCAGGAAAGGCAAAGACGGCAAACAAGAAGGGAAAACCGCUGGCGGUCAGCCCCAAGAAGAAGCCUUUCGCAGCGCGGCAGGCUCAGAAGAUGAGCCCUUCGAGCAAGGCAUUCAAUGUUGUUGAAGGCACGCUGCUGCCAACUCUGGCCAGGGAGAACCUGCAAGGCUUCAAAGCCGUGUUGCCGCGAAAUCAUCCGUUGGCCCUAGGCUUUGUUGGUGGAGAGCAAACCCGAGCAAUGGAUGAUUUGGAGUUGACCUGGGGGUCUUGUUGUUCUGGCAGCGAGGGCGUCCACUAUGUAGUGGAAGCAUGUGCCCAGGCCAUGGAAGAGACAGGUUUGCCAGUCACUUUCCAGCACGCGUUCUCAUGUGAAAGCAACAAGGCCAAACGAUCCUGGAUUGCUGAUGUCUUGUGCAAGGGACAAGUGUUCAACUCUGACAUGCACGAAACCUUUGCUACUCAUGCAGAAGUUGGCUGCAUCUUUGAAGAUAUCAAGGAUAUGGGCAGUGAAAUGAGCAAGUGCAGCCUACAUGGAAAGGAGUGCCCAGUUCCUUCGGUUGAUUGCUUGUUUAUAGGCAUGCUCAGUUAUUGCCAGGGUCACAAACUGACGUUGGUUUUGUUUGAAAACGUGGACGCAAUAGAUGACAAAGUUUCCAGCAACACUGAAACAAACCUUUCACUGCUCAUGAACGCCAUGAAGGAACUGGGCUAUGAGGGCCAAAAGAUCAUGACUGAUGGCCAGGAAUUUGGGCUUCCUUGCCGACGUCGAAGGCUCUAUGUGAUGUUCAUCGACAAAGAAAGCAGCAAGGUAGACACACAAACCAAAACCUUGAGCCAGAUCUUUUCAACUUUGCGGACUCUGGUGACUUCUUGCAUGCGGUCGCCGCCUUGUUCCAAGGAGUGCUUGCUGAGCCCGUCAGAACCAGAUCACUUGGAACUCUUGGAGAAAGCUUUGGGGGAGCACCAGAAAAGCGCGCAAAAGGCUGCCGAGAAGAAAGCACCUCCACAAACAUGGCUUGACAGACACAUGGCCUAUGCAGAUGAUUUGGGUUAUCGGUGGGGGUCUGCCGUGGAUGAGGAGCUGGCAGGCAAUAAAUGGUACCAAACUUUGUCCAAGCGGGAGGCAGAUGCCUUGGUUUUGUCUAGGGUUGCCGAUCCAACGUGUGAAUUCCGCAAUGUGAGCCAGAGCGUGGGCCGUAUCAACUCAGUUAGCCAGAUUGACAACAAAGGAAAAGAGGUCGCGCCGACCAUGUUGCCUGGACAAUUGAUGUGGGUUGAGUCCCAACAGCGCAUACUCACAGGCUACGAGGCGUUGAUCUACCAAGGUUUCCCUAUCUUAUUAUAUCUGGCAAAGGCUCGAAGUUUGCCACCCGCUUGCAAUUCGCAAAGCUUUCUGACUGACAUCGCGGGCAAUGCGAUGGCAUUUCCUGUGGUUCUGGCCAUCUUCCAAGCCACGUUGGCCUCUGUGCCCUGGUUGCCUGCGCAUGACAGUGAAGAUGAGGAUGAUAAUGAUGAGAAUCAGGAGGAAGACGCGGCUGAUGUUGAGACAGCUUUGGCGGCCUUGGCCCGUUUGCAGAGAUAG